UGGAACCCAUUUCUGAUACCCAAUCAGUGAGCAGCUGCACGGCCGGUAACCUCCCAACUCAGCCCCAUUUCUAGCAGCGGCAACGCCGGCCGCUGCCAGCCUACAACAGAACAAUAAUAAUAAAAGCAGAAGACCCACUUUCUCCUCAUUGAAUUCGCGUCGCCCACUUUUGUUCUUUCUUGGGAUUUCGGGGGGAAGAAGAGAAGCAAGCCAGAGAGAGAGAGAAGAGGCGAAAAUGCAUUCGUUCGGUUACAGAGCCAACGCGGUGUUGACCUUCGCGGUUACUGUGCUGGCCCUGAUGUGCACCAUGGCUUCCCUCUCCGACAAUCUCAAUUCUCCCUCUCCCUCCGCCCAUGUCCAGGUAUUGAACAUCAAUUGGUUCCAGAAGUCUACCCAAGGAAACGACGAGGCCAGCAUGACAUUCAAUAUAUCAGCAAAUUUGCAAUCAUUAUUUACAUGGAACACAAAGCAGGUUUUUGUAUUUCUAGCUGCUGAGUAUGAAACUCCAAAGAAUUCCCUGAAUCAGGUGUCGCUGUGGGAUGGUAUUAUACCUUCCAAGGAGCACGCAAAAUUCUCUAUCCAUACGACAAACAAGUAUCGUUUCACUGAUCAGGGAGGCAAUCUCCGGGGAAAAGAAUACAACUUGACUUUGCACUGGCAUGUCAUGCCGAAAACUGGUAAAAUGUUUGCUGAUAAAAUAGUCACGACUGGCUUUCGUUUCCCAGAGGAAUAUAGAUGACAACGGUGAUUUUUACCUAAAGCAUCACUUCUUCACUGUAACUUUUAAGCCUUCCUUUUAAUUAGUUGAAGGUGAGAAUUUGAACUAUAUUAGGAAAAGGAGAUAGGGUGGGAAGGAUGAUGAUGAUGUUGAUGAAUGUUGGAGAGAAUACUAGAGCAAGAAUAUUAUUUAUCGGCCUUUUUGAAUUAGUAUUGCUUCCAAUUUUUGGACACCGUUGACGCACUCAAUCUUGGUUUGACUCUGGGAUAGCCCUAUUUUUCACUUGCUUGCAGACCUUGUGUUUUUAGAUGUAAGUGCUGAUAUUUGCUUGUGCUACAAGUUUUGGAGGAUACUUUUAUCAAGGCAAUGUGUGAAAAUAA